AUUUUGAUUCUUUUGAUAUUUGAAGUUCGAACGCGGAAGUGGCUCCCUGGCUUUCGUGUAUUGACGCUCGCAUUGCGAAACAUGUCGAAUUGUUAUUUUAGAAUUACAACAAUGUCUAAAUUAUGGUGAAUAGGUCAUCGGUGCCAUAGCAGUAAAAAGAAAAGUUCAUAAUGGCCUCGCGAGGAGACAAAGCAAACGGAAAUGGCGAGGAGCAGAUUGUGGAGACACUGGCGGAAGUGUUCCGCUGCUUCAUCUGUAUGGAGAAGCUGGUGGACGCACACUUAUGCCCGCACUGCUCGAAGCUGUGUUGCUACGCGUGUGUCCGACGAUGGCUGACGGAGCAGAGGUCGCAGUGCCCUCACUGCCGGGCGGCUCUCCACCUGCACGAGCUGGUGAACUGCCGCUGGGUAGAGGAGGUGACGCAGCAAAUCGAGACCAUGCAGCAGACCAACACGGCCUCACAACGUGAGAAUUUCAGGGACAGAUGCCCGACGCACCAGGAAAAGCUGACGGUGUACUGCUGGACGUGCCGCCGGUGCAUCUGCCACCAGUGCGCGCUGUGGGGCGGCACGCACUCCGGACACACCUUCAAGCCGCUCGAGGAGGUGUACGAGCAGCACGUCACGCAGAUACGCGACGAGGUGUCGCAGCUCAGGCGGCGGCUGGUCGAGCUGAUCAGUCUGGUGCAGGAUGUGGAACGCAACGUGGAGUCGGUGCGUGCGGCGAAAGACGAACGCGUCCGUGAAAUAAGGAACGCCGUCGAGCUCAUGAUAUCGCGGCUGGACUCGGCGCUGAAGGCCAAGCUCCUCACGCUGAUGGGUCAGAAGAAUAGCCUCACGCAGGAGACGGAGCAGCUCGAACAUCUGUUGCAGGAGGUGGAACAUCAGCUGCAUGCCAGCACACGAUCCGAAUUGAUAGCGAAGAGUGGUGAUUUAUCGAAGAUGAUACACCAAGUCCGAAAAAAACCGAUGGCGAGUUUUGUGACUGCGCCCGUACCGGCAGAUUUCCACAGCGAGAUCGUGCCGAGCUACGACAGCAGCACGUUCCCGCUGACGAGCUUCACGCAGCUGCAGCACGCGGCGGCGCCGGUGUACUCCGCGCCGCUGCACGUGCACGGGCUGUGCUGGCGCCUCAAGGUCUACCCCGACGGCAACGGCGUCGUGCGCGGCAACUACCUCUCCGUGUUCCUCGAGCUCAGCGCCGGUCUGCCCGAGACCUCCAAGUACGAAUACCGCGUGGAGAUGCUGCACCAAGUGUCACGUGACCCCACCAAGAACAUUGUGCGCGAGUUCGCCUCCGACUUCGAAGUGGGCGAGUGUUGGGGCUACAACAGGUUCUUCAGGCUGGACCUGCUUGCGAGCGAGGGAUAUCUCAAUCCGGAAACAGAUACGCUUAUAUUGAGGUUCCAAGUGCGUCCGCCGACGUUCUACCAGCGCUGCCGCGACCAGCAGUGGUACAUCAACCAGCUGAUCACCAUGCAGAACCAACACGUGUUGCAGAUUAAUGAUCUCAAAGAGCGUCUGUCCCUGGAGAUGUCCCGCAACUCGCUGGCGGCGCCGCGCGCGCUGCCGCCGGGCGCGUCCCCGCCUCAGGCCGCCGCCGACGACAAGCACGCGCACAACAACCCCGUCGACGGCAUCAGCCUCAGCGACUCCAUCGUCUUCACCAACCAGUGGAAGUUCAACGCGCCGCAGGGCCUCAUGCCCACGCCCAGGCUGCCCAACUCUGCUGACGUUCUAAACACGGCCAUGUUCGAGGACACGCGCAACAACGACGUGUCGAGUCAGCAGGGCGCGUUCGCGUACGGAGACUUCGCGCAGUCCGACCGGCGCAUGAACGGCCCGCACUCGCUACUGACACCCUACAACUUACCAUCCACUUCACGCUCGGCGAACUCCUUGCACGUGCCGGGCACGGACAACAUGGCGCUGGUGAGCCUGCACACGCUGCUGAGCGCCGCCAACGCGCCCAGCCGCGUGCCCAGCAAGCUCGCCAACAAGCAGCCGCGCCCCGACAAGCAGCACGCGCCCGCCAAGGAACCCGCCUUGACCGCGGUAGCGAGCAGCCCAGUGACCGAAGCCGGUUCAUCGUCGACGAACGUGGUGCUGUGCUCGUCGAUAUCGUCGCCCGAGCUGAACGGUAGCGGUGGCGGCGGUGGCGGCGGUGGCGGCGGUGGCGGCGGCGGCGCGAGCGCACAGACGGCCAGCGCGUGCCGCUCGCCGGGCGGCGCGCCCGACGCGGACGGCGCCGGCGCCGCGCACGCCGCGCUCGCCGCCUCCGAGUCCAGCAGCGACACCGGCGAACUAAUGUUCAGCGAAUUGGAGGCAUUUGCUGAUGACAAUAGCGUAGUAGUACAUGUGGACGAGAACUCCAAUGAGGAGAAUGAUGUUGACGAUGAAACCAUGUCGGGCGAGAACGACGUGGACGGACUGUGCUCGGAGGGCGCCAACGUGGACGCACUCUCGCGACUGUUGCGAGCUGGACGCUCGGCACGCGAGCCGCGCGGAGGGGCGGGGGCGGGGGCGGGGCGCGGGCGCGGCGCACGCGCAGUCACGCCCGCCGGCACCGACGCGCCGCCGCCCCCCGCCGCGCUGCUGGCCGCGCCGCGCCGCGACGACGACCCGCAGCUCUCCACCGCCGCGCACACCGACAUGCUGCUGCUCAACCUCAUGCGCAUCAAUGGACUCACGCCACACCACUCCAAACACGGUCCGAAGCGCAACUGGAGCAGCCGCAGCAGCCCGUGCGGCCCGGAGGCGCGCGUGUGGCGGCGCACGGGCUCGUGCUCGGCGCCGGCGCCGCCCGCCGCGCCCGCCGCGCCGGCCGCGUGCGCUGCGCGGGCGCGCCGCUCCGUGCGCGCGCCGCUCUCGCCCGGACAGCUGCGACACCACGCCGCGCCCGGCCACCUGCCCGGCUUCACGAUGACGCCGCCGGGUACGCCGGAACGCGCCGCGCUGUCGCCCGUGUCCAACGUGUCGCUGCACGACUUCUGGCCCUCCGUCUCCUCCGUCAGCGACAAUGACGAGGUCGAGCUCUUUUCGGAUUACAACGACACGUUGUUCGAUAUGCUGCUGAACACAUUGUCGCUGGAAGGUGGUGGACUGGAGGGUGAAGACGCGCGGCCGGCCACCCCUCCCGUGCAGCCGUGGAUCCCGCCCACCGUGCCGCCGACACCUACCCACUCCACACAUAACCACUCGAACCACUCGAGCAGCCCCGUCCCUGGCCCCUCGGGUCUCAACGGGCACUCAAGCCACUCCGCCCCUAGCUCGUCGCCCCCCCACAUGGACUGACCACGUGCCCGCCCCCAAACGUACCCGCCCUUCUAUCGAGACUACUACCGCCGCGAAUAUUACCAUUGACCACUAGAGGUACUUCAAUCUACGGGCAAUCUUGGUUUAUUUCGAAAUAUCGAUUGUAUCGAUACUGUGGAAUGAGAUCUUUGAGUUUUUUUUUACCAAACGAAUCAAUUGGAUGUAUCUAUGGUUUUAGGCGUGUUUAACAAAAAAUAAUGUUAUAUUUAUUGGCACAAAUUUAUUAUUUAAAAUUAAUAUUGUAAUUAAUAUAUUUGUUUUCGAAUUAGCAUAUUCAGAAGGGGGCUAUAAUAGUAUGGUGCGGAAUAGUAAGAAUAUAUUACAGUUCGUUAUAUUCAGACAAGGGACAACAGUGUAGUUAGUUUCAAUUCACUCGCGUCCUUAUUUAUUGAAACAUUGGGUUACUUUUUGUAUGCCCGAAAACGGAAUAAUCUAAAGAUAUAUGGCAAUUAGUAAGAGAAGUGUGAACACCAACUUCAUAAAGAUAUACUCGCGGCAAUUUCAAGAAACAUUUGCCGGAGUCGAUCGAACUGGAAUAAGACGAAUAACAGCCAGUCAGUAACAAAUACGCAUGUACCUAAGAAUUUAAUUCUACUUUAUCGACAUUUAUUUAGUUUGUAUUUCUCAUAGGUAAGUGUCAUAAAUCACUGGAAGGGCCGAUUUAAUUUUUUAUUUUUGACUUAAUACAUUAUGCAAGGUUUAGUUCCGAUAUAGAAUUUUUUUUAUAAUUUUUACCAAUAAUAUUAAAUAUCUGUCUCAACAGUUCUCAAUACAUAAUUAACCGAUAUUCAAUUCGUGAGCAUUUAAAUAUUCAGUUUUAGCAAAAUAUACGGCUCUUUCAGACAUUGGUGUAGGCUGUAUAGCAAAAUAUAUAAUGAAAAAUAAUUUUUGUUGUGAUUCAACGGAUAUAACUUUCGUUUCUCAAAAAUAUAAGAUCCUAGUCUUUUUGUGUUUAGUCCGAGCUUUGGACGUUUCUCGAGACGAAUAUACAUGUAUGAAUGAAAGAUUUCUAAUAGCGUAAUUUAAAUCUUUCGUUGAUUAACUAUCAGUCUGCUUUAGUGAUAUUCUAUUUCUGAAGGUUUCUCGUGCAAAUGCCACUAUAUUUAGAAACCGUGCACUGCCAUAUUACCUCUUAAAAGGUGGCACUAAAGUUGUAAAUGUCUCAAACAACUGCAUUUUUUCUGUUAAUUUUCUUCUCGUAGUUCAACGAUAGGUUUAGACAAUUAUUGUGUGCUUCUGAUGCGGUAUGAGUGCAGCUUGUAGCGGGCAUUAGUUGAAGACUCAAAAAAAAUAACGAUCUCUUUAAAAUUAUGAUAUUUUUAGGCACGAUUUUUUUAAAAAUUGUUUUGCAGUACAAUUAUUACAGGUGCGUGUUCGAUGUUUUUGUGUUUGCUUGUGUGUGUGCGACUGUGUUGUUCAUUUACAACAUUUUACUUCAAUGUUCGUAGAUUGAAUUGGAAGCAGUGCUAGUUUAAUAUUAAGCUAUAUUUUAUGAUAUACUCCAGUGUGUAGUGAAUGCGUAAGGAAAGUCAAAAGUAUUAUUUAUGUUAGGAUGUAAAAGGUGUGAAGUAUGAUAUCUGAGUAGAUAUUUCCGAGGUUAUAAUUAAUGACAAUGUAGUACAUUUCGAUUCUAUUAGAAUUUCGUUUAGGAAUUAAUGUUUAGAAUUUAUUAUCAUGCAGUAGUAGACACUAAUUAGACUCGUUUAGCAGACUUGUGUACUAGUUUGACUCGCAUUUGAGUCGGUGACGUUCGAGCCAUGUCAACAGAAUUAUUUUUAUGUUAAAAUUGAUAUUUAUUAAUACCCAAUGAGAUAUUAGGUUUUAUUAGAUAUAUAAAAAAAUAUUAAAAAGUCAUUAUCUGAAAAAAAUAUAAUAUACGCGAUACGAAUAUUUUUAUUACUUAGGUAUUUGACUAAAUUUUGAUUUGUGAUACCAAUCGUCAUAAAUCAAACAGUUACAUGAUGGGAAAGUUUUUUUUUUUAUAUAAUUCAUGCAGGCCUGUGACUUUCCGUCCUCGUCACUAUAGGUCAAUUUCCAUAAACAGCUACAGAGCGCAUGACGGGAUCGCAAACUGCGUACCGCCGAUUUAUUCGGCUCAAGUCGAGAAAAGUAGCGUUCAUGCGUCCAGAAUGAAUUGCGCUUUUAUACUAAACCAUUUGUUGUCAGCAGUCAACUGCACACGAAAUAACAUGUUUUUUUUUCGAGUCUCAAAUGUUUGUGACAAUCACAAGUAAAAAGGUCACAUAUUUUCUCUGCAUGUGUUUAGUGGUAGUUUUGUCUAGAUAGUGUUUUAUCCAGUGGCAUUAAAUGCCCUGUUCCUUCGUAAUGCCCUCAAGGCCAAACUAAUAUGAUUCUACAAUCGCAUUUUCUCUAUUUAUGGCAGAUUUUGGGGUCAAGACAUUGAUAAAAAAAAGGUUCGCAAUUCUAGAACCAUGUCAAAUCAUUACGUAAUUCCCUACUUUAAUUUCUGAGAUCUAAAACACUUGUAGCUAUUAUGGCCUACGCGCAUAUCUUACAAAGAAUUUUGCAUAUCUGUCAGGUUAGAACUAAAUUAAUGUAUAUAUAUCUAUGUUAUAAAGGCCUUUGUAUUAAAGUAUGAACUCAUUGCAUUCAUUAAAAAUAAAAAGUCUUUUCUUGACCUCAAAAUGUAUUGCUCCAAAGCUACUUAUCGUAAUAGUUCAAAUUGAUGUGUGUAGAGGCCGUCUGUGUGUACUGGCAGAGGCAUUGUCUAUGGUAUGAUAUAAUUAAUGAAUCGCUUAGUUCGCGUAGACUGAACAGUUCAAACGUGUGAAUCGCUUGAUGUGUGUUUUAUGUUUCUAGAGUACACUCGUUUUUAUGGUGCAAUUGCUUUGUCGUUAGUAUAUUUGUGAAGACUGUAUUUUUUAUUGUCACGUGGCGGUUUGUGUGCUUAUAGCUUAACUCGAGUAGUGUUGUAAAUGCUGGCCAAUAGGCGGAUAAAAAUUCAGUUAAAGUAUGCGGAGUUUAACGAGCAUAGCGCGUUUUUCUUACCCCGCUUUCUGGAAAACAUCGGAUGUAUUCAAAAUGACAUCCUCUAUGUUAUCAAUAACUUAUCUCCUUAUGUUUUGUGUUUAUAUAGACAUAAUAUUGCAUUGUCCACUGCUUUUGGAAACGCCUAUUUUUAUGCAUUACUAAUUGUGUACUGAGGACAGCCAUUUUCUACAUUUCCUAUCAAUAACAUAAAUGUGAAAUGAGAGUCAAGUUCAAUAUUAUAAUACCUUGGUUGUUGACUUCAACGACAAAAGUUAGAUCUAAAUGGGUGCCAAGUUCAAUGGUCAGUCCUGCAAAUUUAUAACAACAUAAAAUAUCUUAGCAUAAUAUUAUAUUGAAGCCUAAAGCCUGAGUUGGCUAGUUCGAAUUAGUUGUAGUUGUAGUAGUUGAAGAGUUCGAAUAUAUUGUUAGCUUGAACUUGGCUUGACACUACCGCGUGUCUGUAUAUCGAUGAAGGUAAUUGCACCAGUGAGGGUCUGUAAUUUGUAUUAGUAGAAUACCUGAACUGUUAUUUCCUAUUUAUAAAUGUUUAGAUCAUUCACGGACUUACAUUGUAUAUACAUGAAUAUGAUAAAAUUAACAAUGAAACGAAACACAGUAAGGCUUGUAAAGCUCAUUGAAUAUCCAAAAUGAUUGUAUAUGUAUCUAGGACGGGUUUAUCUAAACAUUUCUUCUUGUUUUCUGAAUUUGUUUUGUGUAAAUGGACCCUUAUACCUUGUAUUUACAGGGAAUAUUUAAAUUUUUAUAGACCUAAUGCUUCGUGUGUAGCAAUUCAUUCAAAUUUUGUUUAAAUUCAAUUGAAAUCUUAGUACAAUGUUGAUUUAUAUUCGGAAUGAUAACCUACUGUCUUUCAUGUACUGUUAUGAUUGAGUAUGCAUAUUUGUCGUAAUAAAGUGUUUACUUGGAAAA